AUGGGGAUCCCGAGCGCGCACAACUGGGCUAGGAACAAUUGCGCUGACCUCGGUGCAAGCACCGAUCUCUCUCUCUCUCUCUCUCUCUCUCUCUCUCUCUCUCUCUCUCUCUCUGUAUUUUCUUUUAGCCAUUUACUCUUUCUUUCCGUUCUUUUAGUUUCUCUUUUGUGUUUCUUUCAGAUUUUAUUUCAUUCGGUUUUCUUUCGUUCUUCCUCUCUGAUUUUUUUCUUUCGUUCAUUAUUUUUUCUCUUACCUUUUUGUUCUGAUCAUUCACAAUUUUUCUUUAUUUUUCUCUAUCACUCCCGUCUUUCAUUAACUUUUUUCAUUUAUCCGCUUGAUGAACUCUUUCACCACUUGUAUUUUCUUUCUUUCUGUCUGGCUGUCUUUCUUUCUUUCCAUUUCUAUUUUUCUUUCUUUCAUUCUUUUACUUUCUUUCUUUCUUUAACUCUUUUCCUUUUAGCACUAUUUUGCUUCUUCAACUCAUUUCUUCUCUUUUUGUUUUUACAUUUUACCCUUUUCCUCUUUUGUAAACUUGUUCCUUUUGUUGCAACCUUUCCGCAUAUCUUUUUUUCAUUCUUUUACACUUUCACUCGUUGCUUUUUCAUUAUUUACCCUCUCUCUAUCAUUCUCUUUCUCUCUCUCUCUCUCUCUCUCUCUCUCUAUCGCUCUCUCUUUCUCUCUCUCUCUCUUGCUUGCUUGAUUAACGCUCUUUUUUACCCGUUCAUCGAAUAUUCCACCAUUCCUUUUAUUAUUUCGUCCUAUUUCUUUAUCUCUCUCUCUCUCUCUCUCUCUCUCUCUCUCUUCAUUCUCUCCUUUCUUUCUCCAUUUAUUUCCUUUCUAUUUCUUUCUACAUUUCUUCCUUUCUUGCUUAUUUUUAUAUUAAAUUCUUUCUUUGAAUCUGUUCUUCAGAUAUUUCAGAAUUUCAAUUUUCUUAAUUUAAUUUAUUCUUUCAUUGGCCCCUUUAUUUAUCUAUCUGACAAACAAGAUGGUGUGGAUUCCAAUCGUGCAACAAGUCAGAUAUUCCCCAAAUCAUUACCUCCAAUUCAUUGCAUUCGCUCACGGUUUCAUAUCUUAUCUAUUUGUCUUUCUUUCUUUUGCUGCAUCUCUCGCUAUUUGGUUGUUUGUUUGUUUCUGUAUCUCUCACUGUCUGCCUGCCUGUCUCUCUCUCUCUCUCUCUAUCAAUUUUCCAUACAUUUUCCAUCUUUUUUUCGUCAUUCUUUUACUCUCUUUCUUUUUCUUUCUUUUUUCUUCACUGUCUAUUUGCCUCUUUUCCUUCUUUCAUUAUCUCUUUCUACUUGUAUCAUUUUUCUCUUUCUCAUUCUUUCUUUUUCAUUUACCUUUUACAUUCUCUUUUUCCUAUCCAUUUUUCUUUCAUUCCAUUAUACCUUUUCCUUUCUUUCCCGUUUUUUUUUCCUGUCAGCUUCUUUUUUCUCUUCUCUCUUUUCUUUAUCUCUGCUUCAUUUUUUACUUUUUUUUUCUUCUAAUUUUCCUUCUUUCUCUCUCUUGUCCUCGUCUUUCAUUUUCCAUCUGUGUUUUCUGCAUGUUUCAAGCUCCCCUUUUCCUUAUUUAUUUUUAUUUUAUUUUCUUCUCUCUUUUCUUUUUAUUUUCAAGAUUUCUUUUUCCUUCUUUUGUUUUCUCUCACUUUGUUUCAUUAAUUUUUCUUCUCUCUUUUUCUCUUAUCUCUUUUUACCUCCCGCUUGUCUUUCCUCAUUUUCUUUUUGUUUUCUUUUUCCCUUAACUGAUUUUUUUUUCACUUCUCUCUAUCUUUGUUUUACUUUCCUCCUCAAUUUCUCACUUAAUCCAAAUUUGCUACUCUUUAUAUUUGCAAUUUCGCCCAACGUAUAUAUCACUCAAUCUAUCAAUUUUCACAUCUAUCUUGUAGUGUAUUCGAAGAAGAAAGGCGCUACACAUGUUGGUACUGCCGAAUCUGUCUUUGAUGUUGAAGCUCUGGGCGGCCUUUCUCUAAGCAUGCGUGUUUCGAAGCGGAUACUCAUCAGUUGCGGUCCGACCAAUGAAGGCAAGGAUUCUUUCUCUUUUUAUUCAGUGAAAAACCAAAUUUACCUUUCAUUUCUCUCCACCAUAGAUAUACUGUCUAUCUGUCUAUCUCUGUCUCUCUCCCACUCGCUCUCUCUUUCUCUCUCUUUUACUUUCUAUUAUCAUACUCUACCUCAACUAAAUUUUACAUUUCGACAUUCAAAAUUAAUACAUUACACAUUUUCUUUUUUUUUUCACCUUGACUGUUCAUCUAUCUAUCUAUCUAUCUAUCUAUCUAUCUAUCUAUCUAUCUAUCUAUCUAUCUAUCUAUCUCUUUUAAAUAUCCUCGUCCGUCCGUUUCUCUUGUCUGAUUUCCUUUCACUCAUUUCCAUACCUGUCUUCCUCAUUUUCCCACACCUCUUUGUGUGUAUCAUUCAUUUAUUGUUCCUCUUUCUCAUUUUACACCUGUAA